AUGCAUACAUCAACUCCUUACACAAAUCGUGUAUCACAACAUUCAACUAUACCGGAUGACAUGAACAUCUCAGCUAAUAUUCAAUUUGAUUUACAUUCAAAUGGAACUCAAACUAAUUUGAAAAAACGUAAUAAACCUUUAGUGGAGAAACGUAGACGUCAACGAAUUAAUCAUGCUUUAGAUGAAUUAAGAAGAUUGAUUGUAGAGCCAAGAGUUAAACAUUCUAACAAAUUAGAAAAAGCUGAUAUUUUGGAUUUGACAGUUAAAUUUAUUAAAGAUUUAACAGCUAACCUUCAUUCAGAAAAAUAUCAAAAUACAUUCAAUGAAUCACAACAAUUGGAAAAAGCUCGAAUGUUUUAUUAUGGAUAUCUUUCAUGUGAAACUACUUUCAAAAGUAUUAUUCAAAAACAUUUUGAAACUCAACAAAAAUCUAGUACAUCGUCAACAUCUUUAUCGACAACAUCUAUAACUAAUAAUAAUCAAAAUGAACAAAAUAAUCAUCUUCACAAUAUUAUUACCAAUGAAUUAAUCCAUUCCAAACAGUUUACCUUAUCACAAAUAUUGAAUACUGAAUUCAAUUUAAAUCCUUUGAAUACAUUAUCAUUCUUAGCUAAACAAACUUCCAUUAGUGGUAAUAGUGAUUCAUCUGAAUCGAUAAACUCUAUGCCAGAUUAUAGUCCUACACAGAAUAAUACUUCAUAUCAAAAUGAUGAACAAUCUAGUCUAAUUAAUUCAUUGAUUCAAUUGAAGAAAAAUAAUUGUCAGCCUGUCUCAUCAGCAUCAUCAUCUCAUUAUUCAUUAGUAUUAUCAUCAGCAUCCUCAGCAUCAACAUCAGAAAAUAAUUCUCUUUCCAAUGAAACGAAUAGUUUAUGGAGACCAUGGUAAUCAAAUUAUCAAACAAUGAUCAGC